CAUCUGGAGUUGCAGUGUUCUCUGGGCGGAUCCAUGUCUCUGCCAAUGCAAGGGCGUAAAGAGAAGCAUGGGAUGCAAAUGCCGGGAUUAAGUCUGCCUUGUUCACAGCAGACUGGCAGUUCCAGAGCCCUAUAGAAAGAGAGAGAGCAGGUGGAGAAGAUCUGGAUAGGUAGCUAAGGUUAGAAGUGGACCGUAUAUACUUUGUGACAUAUCUACGUCUGCGAGUGGUGUAAUGAACGGGAAUGCUGAAGAAACACAUGCUAGCUAUGAACAUGUUCUAGGUAAAAUAGAAUACAAAUAGGGUGAUACUUAUCAGAAGAGGUGAUCCGGCCUCGUCGGCCAUCCUCGGUGGACUCCCGCAGAGAAAAAAGAAUGAUGAGAAUGCCAUCUCUUAACCUCAAAUUAGUGGCUUUGCUUUUAAUUGGAACUUUCGCCUUGGUGCUUAUCUUUGGGAAAGAAGCCCACCCUGCAGAUGAGCCAUCAGAUAACAUGCAGAUAAAGGACACAAAGGAAUCAAUGCCUGACCAAAUAACUAAGAAACCAGUCCGGGUGCGGUCAGACGCCAUCACAUGGCCACCUUGUCAGCGUAAUGAAUCUGCAUCCAACGUGACAGGCUUUUCUUCACUUCCCGGCCACAUCCAAGACUUCCUGUAUUAUCGUCACUGCCGCCACUUCCCCAUGCUGCUUGACGUACCUGAUAAAUGUGGAGGUCCACAGAACUCUGCUGAUGUCUUCCUUCUGCUGGUUAUUAAGAGCUCGCCUUGGAACUAUGACCGCAGGGAGGUUCUACGUAAAACCUGGGCAGAGGAGAGAAUCCAGAAUGGUGUAUGGGUGCGUCGACUCUUCAUCUCAGGAACCACAAGCUCGGGAUUUGAGAAGUCAAAGCUGAACAACUUACUGGAGUUGGAAAACAAAGAACAUCAUGACAUCUUGCAAUGGGACUUCAGUGACACCUUCUUCAAUCUAACAGUGAAGCAAAUUCUGUUUCUCGAGUGGAUGGAGAGGAACUGCCCAAAUGCUCGCUUCCUGCUGAACGGUGAUGAUGACAUCUUCGCCAACACAGAUAACAUGGUGGAAUACUUUCAAAGCCUCAAGGACAAUGAUGGAAGCAAGCAUCUGUUUGAGGGUUCUCUGGCACAUGUCGGUGGACCCAUCAGAGACCGAGGGAACAAGUACUAUGUGCCACUUCAGGUACAAGAGUCAGAAACAUUCCCCCCCUAUUGUUCAGGAGGGGGAAUUCUCCUGUCAGGCUACACAGCUAUGGUCAUAUACAAAAUGUCUCAGUCAAUAACCAUAUUGCCCAUUGAUGAUGCUUACCUGGGGAUGUGCCUGCAAAAGGCUGGUCUUGGCAUCAAGUCCCACAUCGGUGUUCACUGUGAAGGACUGCACAUCCCUUCUAAAAGGCUUGAUGCCCAUGACCCUUGUUUUUACAAGGAAAUUAUUUUGGUACACAGAUUUGUAGUACAUCAGAUUUACAUCAUGUGGCAUGCAGUACGUGACCCUAUCCUGAAAUGUGGCGGAAAGACUUUGACACUUUAGACGUGUUGAUUUCCCAGGCGUCUCUCUUAGUGAUGAAUCUUCCCAUAUGUUUUGUCAACAAUAUAAUUUGCAUAUAGUGGUCAACUGACAUCUGGCAAACUUCUUCAUCUGUACCAGGACAGGGCUUCUGUCACGCUGAGAGGUGGUGUAGGACCCAAAUGCAAGGGAGUACGCAGCCAUUUUGAAAACAAAGGGUUUAAUCAUGAAAAGCCAGGGAAACAGAUAGGUUACAUUUACAUUUAGUCAUUUAGCAGACGCUCUUAUCCAGAGCGACUUACAGUAAGUACAGGGACAUUCUCCCCCGAGGCAAGUGGGGUGAAGUGCCUUGCCCAAGGACACAACGUCAAUUGACACGGCCAGGAAUCGAACUGGAAACCUUCAGAUUACUAGCCCGACUCCCUCACCGCUCAGCCAUCUGCCUGGGUACUCACACAGACAUGGGUAGUAAGGACAAGACAAAGACUGGACACAAAACAGAAACCUAAAGACACAGAACCAAACGACACACAGGUGGACACAAUGAAGCUAACGAGACAGGUGAAGACAAUGACAGGGAAACACUAGGACAGGGAAAAACCAAAAACAACAGGGGGGCACGGCUGUGGCCGUGACAGCUUCCAUACAUGAGGAUCUAUAAUAGGUAAUAAAUAGGUCUAUAAAAGGUACACUCUUGCACUUUUGAGGUUCAUGUUGUUUAAUUUGUAACUUGUUUAACUACUUGCUCUUAUAUUUCUUCCCAUUGGCACUUGGUUGCUUAUCACAGUGUAUGUUCAUGUUUUGGAGUCCCGCAAUGUUUUUGGUGGCCAUCUCGUUGUUUAUGAUCAUUGACCUAUGCACUUUUGUAAAGCUCUCUCUUGGAAGUCGCUUUGGAUAAAAGAAUCUGCUAAAUGAAUGUAAAUGUAAAUCCUUCACAUUUGUCCAAAAGAGAUAUUUUUGUGAAGUAAAGAGAGUUUUUGUAAAGUAAUUGUACAAUUCUGAUCUCUAUUGGUGAUAUACAAAUGUAGUAAACGUGUGAUGUGAGAAUUCUAAACAACCGUGCUUUUAUAACUACACUUUCACUCAUUCCAGGACAUCAUGUCCAACUGAAUUAAGGUGUGUUAUUUUGUUGUGCUUAUGGACACAGUAAGGGUGUCACCCAUUUUGUUUUUCCCCCCGAAAGCAUAGGGACCUAAAAACCUAAAUGAGUUCAGAGCUGGUUUUUGUGCGUGUUCCUUUUUGUAUAUAGAAAUUAGAGCAGAUAUUUGUGAAGUGCCCUCUACAAGACUAAUACAUUUUUAUAUAUUAUUUUAAAGAUUCCGUUUCUGUAGUGUGAUAAAAUGAUUAAUGUGUCACCCAUUUUGUUUUUCCCCCCGAAAGCAUAGGGACCUAAAAACCUAAAUGAGUUCAGAGCUGGUUUUUGUGCGUGUUCCUUUUUGUAUAUAGAAAUUAGAGCAGAUAUUUGUGAAGUGCCCUCUACAAGACUAAUACAUUUUUAUAUAUUAUUUUAAAGAUUCCGUUUCUGUAGUGUGAUAAAAUGAUUAAUGUAAUGAUGCAAUGACUGUAAACUUUCAAACUGUUUCAAUAAAUAUUCAAUGUUAUGUCUGAAAACUCCUCGGGGGAACCAGGAAUAUUAAGUCCCUUAUGAAUGUAGUCAAAGUAGGGAUGAUGUCUCCACAUCAGUGUGUCAAAUGUUCUUCUAUUGUCUGAUUUUAGAGCUAUUGGAGUAGUCAGGAAAAUAAAUCUUGGUUAUGUGCUCAUACCUUUUUAUUCAAAGCACAACCAAUUAGCUCUAACUAACAAUGAAGCAGAUUCCAUAACUAGAGUGCAUUUACAAGAACCAUCCAAAACUCACUUUCCAUAUUCCUGCAUUAAUGUCUGUUUGCUUGAUUUGUUCCUAAAGCUUUGCAUAAAUUAAAUAACAUGUCAACAGUCAAACAAGAAGAACAUGUCUGGUAUACAUAUAGAAGCUAUGAUGAAUAUUGAUCUGAUAUUGAGCAUGUGAUAAUGUUACAUAUAACA